GGUCCGGAGGCAUCGACUGGGCCACAGACCAUUUGGCGGCCUCCCGAAGGCUGGCCUGUACUUGGACGGUGACCCCAGUUCUUCAGGAACUUGGGGGAGAAUCAGCAUCCAGACUCAUUUUUUAGAAACCAUGGCGAGCCCCGGGAAGGAUAACUACCGGAUGAAGAGCUACAAGAACAAGGCGCUGAACCCGGAGGAGAUGCGCAGGCGGCGGGAGGAAGAAGGGAUCCAGCUCCGCAAGCAGAAACGGGAGCAGCAGCUUUUCAAACGAAGGAACGUGGAACUGAUUAACGAAGAUGCUGCUGUGUUCGACACCCUCCUCAUGGACUCCUACAUCAGCUCCACCCCCGGGCAGGAAGGAGUCAUCUCACGGGAGAUGGUGGAGAUGCUGUUCUCCGAGGACUCGGAUUUGCAGCUGGCCACCACCCAGAAAUUCCGGAAGCUGCUCUCGAAAGAGCCAAAUCCCCCGAUAGACGAAGUGAUCAAUACCCCGGGAGUGGUGGACCGGUUUGUAGAGUUCCUGAAGAGGAGCGAGAAUUGCACGUUACAGUUUGAAGCGGCCUGGGCCCUGACAAACAUCGCCUCAGGAACUUCCCAACAAACCAAAAUCGUCAUCGAAGCCGGGGCCGUCCCCAUCUUCAUAGAGCUGCUAAACUCCGACUUUGAGGACGUGCAAGAGCAGGCCGUGUGGGCGCUGGGGAACAUUGCCGGUGACAGUGCCGUCUGCCGAGACUACGUGCUGAGCUGCAACAUCCUCCCCCCGUUGUUAACGCUCCUCACCAAGUCGAUGAGGCUGACCAUGACACGGAACGCCGUCUGGGCACUGUCCAACCUGUGCCGGGGGAAAAACCCGUCCCCCGAGUUUGGGAAGGUGUCUCCCUGUUUGCCGGUGCUGUCGCGUCUGCUGUUCAGCAGCGACUCAGACUUGCUCGCGGAUGCCUGCUGGGCCCUGUCCUACCUGUCGGAUGGCCCCAACGAGAAAAUCCAGGCCGUCAUCGACUCCGGGGUGUGUCGGCGGCUGGUGGAGCUGUUGAUGCAUAAUGAUUACAAGGUGGCAUCUCCCGCCCUAAGAGCCGUGGGCAACAUCGUGACCGGUGACGACAUCCAGACCCAGGUGAUCCUCAACUGCUCAGCCCUGCCGUGUCUCCUGCACCUGCUCAGCAGCCCCAAGGAAUCGAUCCGCAAGGAAGCCUGCUGGACCAUCUCAAACAUCACAGCUGGAAAUAGGGCUCAGAUACAGGCGGUCAUCGACGCAAACAUUUUCCCCGUGUUGAUCGAGAUCCUGCAGAAGGCCGAGUUCCGUACGCGGAAAGAGGCGGCCUGGGCCAUCACCAACGCCACGUCAGGGGGCACCCCGGAACAGAUCAGGUACCUGGUCUCGCUGGGCUGCAUCAAACCCCUGUGUGACCUGCUGACCGUCAUGGACUCGAAGAUCGUCCAGGUGGCCCUCAACGGGCUGGAGAACAUCCUGCGGCUCGGGGAGCAGGAGGCCAAGCGGACGGGCAACGGGGCCAACCCCUACUGCGGCCUCAUCGAGGAAGCCUACGGCCUGGACAAGAUCGAGUUCCUGCAGAGCCACGAGAACCAGGAGAUCUACCAGAAGGCCUUUGACCUCAUCGAGCACUACUUCGGCGUGGAGGAUGACGCCGCCGCCGCCAGCCUGGCACCCCAGGUGGACGCCAACCAGCAGCAAUUCAUCUUCCAGCAGCCCGAGGCCCCCAUGGAGGGCUUUCAGCUAUAGUGCCCGCCCCCCGGGGGGCGCGGGGAGGGGCGGGGGAGAGGUGGCGCGGGGCAGCGGAGGGCACCACAAACUGGCCAGGGCCCGCUCCCCCCUCCCCUCCGGGACCUACACCCCCUGAUGGGACCCACCCUCCUCCUCCCCACCCAACCCAGGACAGACAGACGCUAACGCUUUGCUUUCAUGGAAAGAAGGGGACUUGUUGAGGGUUUGUUUCUCCUUACCCACUUUAUAUUUUUGCUGCAUUACUUGUCUUUGUCCCAGGAGCCAGGGGUGGUAAAAGGAGGACAGAGGUAAUCAAUUUGCACCUUCCCCAUCCCAAUCUUUUUUUCUUUUUUUUUUUUUUUGUGGUGAUUUCCUGCCCUUGCCCUCCCUCUCCCCUCAGCCUCUACACCCCAGCCCCGAUCUCUCUAAUUCUUACCUAGGGUAUCAAGCAGACUGAAAUAUUCCAGUGAGGGACGGGGUGGAAUCCAAAAUAUGUUCUUGCUCCGAUAGAAUAUUCAUCAUGGAAGCUUGGAUCAAUUUAUUUAAUUUCCUCUUUUUAAAAAAGAAACCAAUUUUUUUCUUUUUUUUUUUUUUUUUAAUUUUCCUUUUGCACAUCGAACUCGGACUGAGAGGAGUCUCCCGGGAGCCGGGAGCGCUGAGGUUUCGGGAAGCGCCCCAAGCCCCGUUGGAGCCGCCGGGGGUCUCUUGGGGAACGGUCGGCCCGGCAGUCUGGUUGGAAGGGGUGCGGCCGCUCUGCUUCACCCCUCACGCCCGGACCCCGUUGGGGGAGUCAUUCAAGGUUUCCUAAGGUUUUGGUCCGAGAAGGAAGAGGGUGGAGUCAUGCCCCGCUCCCACACGCCCUCCCCAGACAUCGCUACUGAUCCCAUGUCCCCGGGCUCCAUUGAUUACUUGAAGUUUCCCUUGGCCGCCCACACAGCGGAGACGGUUUUUUAAUCGCAUUUUUUUUUCCCCUUUUUUUUCUCCUGGGCACCCAGCAACAGCCUGGAGAGCUAAAUGACCUCUACCUUUCUCGGGGGGAACGGGAACAGGCCUCCCAUCUGCUGACCCGUGAUGAGGGGUGGGAGUCGGGAAAGUUAGAGGUCUGGCCAUGCAGCCGCCUUCCAACUCACAGCUGGGCCGGGUACAUUUGCCACCCCCAGGGGAGAAUGGCAGAGCUCUGCGUCUUCUACGUUGUGUUCGGUCGGUCGGUCGGUCUGAACUGGGCUCCCAGGGGAGAUCUAGCUGAGGAGCGACUCUGACUUGUUUUAAUAGGAUCCCGUAGGGCAGGCAGAGGGUAACAUACCCAUUGCUGCCUUCUUCCCCCUGAUCUGGGCACUCUCUUUUGGGGAUGGCACAGAGGAGCAAGGAGGAAGCACAAAGGCUCUGGGCCUGGCGGAAGUAGGAGAAACCUCCCCUCCCAUUCUUCCUCUCCCUUCCCAGGCUUUGCACCGGUUCACCUCCAGUCCAUCCCCGUCCCCCAUCCCUCGCCGUGCCACAGAGUCCCGGAGCCGCCGGUGCUGAGCCAGCCUGGUGGUGGGAAGGGAGAGAGCAGAGGAAGCGCUGGGCAGCCAGAGGGGCCAGCCGGGACCCCUGGGUCACCACAGCCUGGUUAAGAUGUCGGGUUAGGGUAGGUGGCGUCCUUUUGGCUCCUUUCUUCUCUUAGGUCUUCCCCUUCCCACCCAUGGAAGUCUCAAUGUAGUCAUGCCCUGGGCCACCCUGUCUCGCUCUCCCCGCAACCCCUGACUUCGGGGGGGAACACCAAGGCGCUGGCAAGUAGGAGCAGCGGGGACCCAAUCUCCAGAAACCGUCCUCUCAUCUGGGAAGCCUGUCAAACUGGGGCAAACUGUGGGGUGUGCAGGGACAUCUUUCUCUUUGUUUUCCAUCUGUCUGGGUGCCUGGAAGGGGACCCUCGGGGGAGGAAAGGCGGCUGCCGUUGGCGAGUCUUGCCCCGCCCUAGGAUGAGGUUCCAGAGGGGAGACCGAGCCAGCGCGGAGCUCCAUCUGCCCCCUCGAGGUUGGCGCUUCCUAGAGAAAGCGGUUGACUAGUUUCACUUGAAAUCUCCGGGGAAAGAACGAGGCUGGCCUCUUGCCCUUUUCGGAGGGUCAGAGCAGAGGAGACUUCUGCCUCCGAAUUGCUGCUCCUUUUCUCCCCCUCCCCCUCUUGGAAACCCGAGCCUUUUGACUGUAAGGGUGGGAGUGUGGCCUGCCGGCCCUGGGGCCAGAAUUAUCCAUCAGUCGUAUUUAUCCAGUGUGGGCUCUGUCCUUGUCCUUUCCCCCUCAGCAUCCCUGCGGCACGAGGCCCUCUCCCCCCAGGGAGAAUGAGAAAGCGGUGGGUCCCAGUGCUCUGGGGCUUGGUUCUGGAGAGCCACCGAGCUAUCUUAAGAGGCCGCCGCUGCGGCUGCUGCCGGGAACCACUGAAGCGACGCGUGUCUCCAUGGAAACACGCAGGCUGAGUGUGUCGGGUUGGGAAGAGAGGUGAGCCUUCGACAGUCUGAAAUGAGGCAGGGAAGCGGGGGGUGGAGGGGAGGUCUGACCUGUAGCCAAAUGGAAGCCUCCCAUCGCUGAUUGUUUGAGAGAGGACCCAUUCUGCCGUCACCUAGGUGCAGAAAGGCGGGAAGGCAGGCAAAAUAGAUAUCAGACGGGGCGGUAGCGUGAGAUCUAAAGAUGCCAAGGGGCACUGGGCACCGUGUUUUCCCCCUCUCCUCCCACCUGGAUCUGGGAAAAGGAAUCUAGGCACCACAGCUGGGUUUUGGGUUUGGGGGGGUGUUGCCCUCUCGCCGGCUUCCCUUCAGGCCAUUGGGGUUUUGAGAGGGGUAUCGGUGAGGGUGGGGGAGGCAGAGGCCUGGGACGAGUAGUGCCUCGAGAUCGAAUGGCAAAGGACCGGAGUCAAACUGUGACUCUGCGCUCCAGGGGAAGCUGCAUCUGAGCUGCUCCCCUCCCCCUUCCUCCCCAUCAACCACAGGCAGGGAGGGUCUUCCGGCCAGAGCGGGCCCCCUCGGGGCCCCGUGGAGGCAGGGCUCACACCUAUCUGCUUCCCCACAUCCUUCGCCCAGCCCAUAGCCCAAUUUCGGCCUUUCCAGGAUCAGCAGGAGUCCUGGACUGAUCCCCACCCCGCCCCUCCGGCCAAACCGGCCGACGGUAAAACUCCCAGGGGUCAGAAGAUUCUUCUCUGACUUCCCACUCUGCUUUAGAGAGUGCCCCUCUGCUCGGGGAUACCAGCAGACGGACCCACUGGCCAGGUGAUGCCCACGUGCCAACCUCAAAUGGGCCUUUCUCGUAACAUUUGAUUGACCUCAUAGCGGGCAGGCGCACGCCCAAGCCUCCACUUGGAAGUGUCCCUGCCCGCUUGGCCCCGGGGCAGGGAGGAGAGCAAAAUGAUUUUUUUGACCUCCUACAGAGGCUCUGUGGGGCGCUGCCGGUCCAGCCUGCGGUUCUGGGAUUUUCAACCGGACCAGCAAAGCUAUCUUAUCCUCCCAGUGUUGGCUCGCGUCUUCCCUGGUCCCGCGCUGUCCCUUUGAGUCGGCAGCACGGUGGCUCCCCGUUUGGGUUGGUGCCCACUCCUAGCCCGGGCCCAGCUCCGGCCUCACCGUCGGCCUUCCCGAGAUCCAAAGCUGGUGACGUCUUUCAUCAGCAAGCAGGUGGUCAGCGGGCCACGCUGCCUGGGUUUCUGGGGCUACUUCAAAGGGCCCACGAACCCUGGGGGUGGCGGGGAAGCCGGGCUGUGGUUCAGUCGUCCCUAAGAACUUUGGUUCUGAAUUCUAUUUCAGAUCAAGCCCGUGCUUGCAUUCCCUUUCCCUCUUCCUCUGUCUCCCUCUGCUUCUUCCUCCCUCUUCUCUAUCUCUCUCGGUGUUUCUCUUUCCUUCUCCUCCUCUGUCUCUGCUUCUCCCUCUAUGUCUCACUCUCUUUCCUUCCACCGUGCUCACAAUCUUUGCUGAACCCUGGGGGAUUGUGGCCUUUCUGGCUAUAAAGGAUUCCCACGCAUCUGCCAUCUUCCAGGGCCCAGCAGCCUCAAUUCCCUUGUAUAAGUGCUAGCCCUCUCGGGCCUCACCCUUAGAGAGCUGCCUUGGGUGGGGCAGGAAUGUGGAGCCAGAACACUGGCCCAGGAGGGCAUCAGAUGUCAGGGAUCGGUGACGUGCUGAGAGGGUCCUGGCUCCGAAGAUACUGACCUGCAGCUCUGCUUUCCGCGGGGUUGUAGGUGUCAUACCAGCAGCUGGUGGGAUCUCACUGUCCUCUCGCCUUUCCUACCUCUUCCUCCCUCACUCCUCACUCCCCACCCUAGCCAGCAGAGUCGAGAGAUCAGAUGUUCAAUGAGUACUGUCUGACUUGCAGACCCUCUGCACCCAUCUCUCCCGCCCUCAACUCUUAGUUUAUUUUCCAGCUCCUUUUUCUUACCUUCCCCGGCACCCCCCACCCCCCCGUCAUCCCCUUUGACUUCCCGGGCGUCUGCUUCGCCUCCACUGCGGCCCCUCCCAGGCGGGCCCUUCUCACGGGUAAGAUUCCCGAAUCCUUGCUCGGAAGGCCACACGGCGGCUUCCUCUGCAUCUCUGCGAGCGUCUCGUGGAAACGUUCUUGGCUCAGGCGGGGAAGUCAAGCUAGAGCUUGACCAGCCUAGAAGCAGGUUCCUUGGAGGCUUGGAAGGUAGCGGCAGGAGGUGGAGAGGGGGAGGUGUGUGUGUGUUUGUUUUGUCGGCACUCUCCUUCCCCGGAGCCUUGGUGUACAGCCUGCUUUGCCAACAUGGUAGCGCAUUUGCAUUCCUGAGCGCAGUGGUGGGCUGUAACUGCAUUCAGACCUGAGCUCCUGCAGGGGAAGGAGAGAGAGAGAGUGCGGGGGGGUGGGGUGUGUGUGUGUGUGUGUGUGUGUGUGUGUGUGUGUGUGUGUGUGUAUGGGGGCGCGGUUCAGGCAGGAAAGCAAGUUGGCCCAGGACUGCUCCUUUGGAAUGAUCCAAGAAUAUCCAUUUUAGGGCACAGCAUACCAGACAAACACAGCCAGAAUCCCUGGGUGUUUUGGCUUUUGGUUUGAGAUGUCACUCAACAAGCAGACUGGAACGAGCUCCCAACUCUGACCCUCCAUGGAUGGAUUAGGGGGAGGGGGCGUGAGGGAAGUGUGUGUCUGUGUUGGUAUGCGUGGGUGUGCUUGUGUACGUGUGUCUCCUGCUCUCCUCCAAGCUUCAGCCUGGACUCAAUUCAUGGCAUACUCUGUGUCCACCCCGUCCUCUUUCCUCCCUUCCCUCCCACCCCCUUAGCUUCCUCCAGAAUUUAGAGUCGGGGGGCUUAGACAAGUCAAGAUGGAAUCCUGGCAGUCAGAGCCUGAUCCACGAGGACGGUUUCCUCCUGUUUCCCCACGGCCUCCAGCUUCCGUCUCCAGGCCCGGCCAUCUGGGACGGUGGAGAGGAUUUGAGGGAGAGAUUUCCACUCGGGUCGGGCGGGAAGCGACCCUGAUUAGGGCUGGGCUCAACCCCUUUCCCCGUCAGCUCCGCGGAGGAGAGGGUACCCGAAGCCUCAAGCGGGGGCGAGCUAAAACUGGCCCUGCCCCGUCCCCCAUUCCCCGAGCGGCCCCGUCUCCUCAGCCGGCACCCAACUGCCCUCUGUCGAGGUGGCCUCACCCAACAUGGGAGACUCACCUGGGAAGAAUCCUCUUGGUGUUGACCUAAUGGCUGGAGUGCUCAGCGGCUGGGGCGGGUAGGCCGGCAUCCUGAACCGGACCUCUCUGGUCAGCUCCCCUCCGAACUCAACUGUGCUGUGGAUGUCAAGGCAGAAACCUAAAAACAGAACGGGAGGGGACGGGGCCCGGUCCCGUGGCCCCAGCCUGAUUUUGUUUACUGAACCAGUUUCCGUGGGGGUCGGCUCCUAAACCACUAGAGGGGAGAGAGGCCAAGGGCCCCCUCCCCUUUCAGCUUCUCCCUCGGGCCCAGGUCUGGAUGCCCAGGCCCCUGCCUGGGUAUGUUGGCUAAUUUCACUUUUUUUUUUCCUUUUUUGGGGGGGAGGGGAGAUGUUUAUUUUUUUCUAUGAAUUAAAACAAUUCUGGCUAUUUUUUUCCAGUGUUCUUGGGGGUCCUGGGGAGGACAUUUGCCAUCACUUGGCAUAGCUGGAGUAGGUGCCCACAGGCCCCGAGAGACAGCGGGGGCGGAGUGAGACUGGAGCAGACUUAACAGAAAUGAUAUUUAUAUACACAUCCAGAUUUGAAGAGAGAGAAAUGUAUUUCUUUAGGGUUCGAACACUGUAACUGAUAUAAUGCAAAAAUAAAAAACCUGUUUGCAAAGUU